AUGACGUCCAAGGAAGAAAAAUCGGAAGCGGAAGUAUCUCAAAUAACGGUUUCGUCGAGAAUCCCGAAAUUUUGGGAGGAUCAGCUGCGUAGCUGGUUCAUACAGGCCGAAUCUUCUCAAGGUCGCCGCAGCAGUACUCCUGGGCGCGCUGCUUAUCGUGACAAUUGGUUAUGUUUCUACCACUAUCGCUUCAAGGCUAGGGCACAGAAAUGUUUCCAGCCGUGUGCUUGGAAAACGGAGGAAACGGGAAACUAG